AUGGACGACGAUGAGCUGAUGCUGUGCAAAGCUCCAAGUGAGGCCAAGGAGAAGCCGCCGCUGCGGCACCCCAGCGGCAUCCGCCACGGUCUGAAGAUGGCAGAUGCAGGCCGCCAUUCGCCGCGGCCACCAUCCGCCAUGAGCCACAGUACACGGGAACCGAGUGAAGGGCGGCCGGAUUCUCGAGGCUCCAACACGAGCGACUACAGCGGGUUCCGGCAGGGGCGUGGUCGAAUGCUGAUGGAGCGCCAUGCACGUGGUGCUACGCCGACCUUGGAGGAGAAUGGUCCCUACAAACGGAGUUUCCAGCUGCCCAGUGGUCAUCCACAAGCAGUUCCUUUGGGUGAUGACGAGGUGGCUUUCCAACCUCAAGAUCAUGAGGUUUCGGCGAUCACAGCAGCUGCAGCCAGAAGGAAAGAAGCGUGGGAAAGCUUUAAGAGCCAAGUGAACUCGCAGGAGACCUACGGCUUCACACCUCGCGCUGGUCGCGGUAUCGCUCGACCCGGUAGCGCAAUGGUCAAUCGACCCACGCCGCAAGGGCCGCAGGUCUUGCGUUCAGAGGGCAAGAAUUGGAGGGGUAUUCAUCGUCCACCAUCGGCGCACGAGUCGUCCCGAUUGGUUUUUGGAGCAGGCCCUUUGCGAGCUGCGCGGCUGGGCUGUGAAGCAGGUCACAGUACUCAAUACUCCUGCAGGGCAGAGGCUUGGUGGAAGAGAAGUCCCGGCGCCGACCGGCGCUGUCAGGGGCUCUUCGAGCGCUCGAUUUUGCAGUCCCAAGAACCGGGCUGGAACUCGGAGCUGGGCUACCUGAACUGCGGCUGUCCUGCGGGCGAGCUUUGUCCUCACUGGCCUUCCGGGCGACCCGUUAAGGCCGGUGAUGCCCCGCCCUUACCUGGUGCAGAAGGCGGCCAGGCACGUAGCCUUGGCCUCAACUUGGCACCGCCACCCAAGGCGCGCGCAUAA